GGUUGGCAGCCGUGGCGGGCCUCGCGGAUUGUUUAUGUUGUCUCUGGCGGCGUCGCCCUCGGCCUCCUCUCGCGCCUCGGAUUUUCUCCCGUCACUCGCCCCCGAAGCCCGCCAUGACUCUGGCCUACCCCAACCAGCCUCCUCAGAGGGGAAGGCCGCCCCCGAACUCCGCACAGAUCCAAAAGUUGCUGGAUGAAAAUUCUCAACUGAUCAAGACUAUCACAGACUACCAGAGUCAAGGGAAAUCCCAUGAAAGCUUUCAGUACCAGCAGUCUCUCCAUCGCAACCUAAUGUACUUGGCUUCAAUGGCAGAUAACUCGCAAAACAUGGCCCAGCUCCUCCCACCUCCACAGGUUCCAGGUCAGCAGGGUCAGGGAGGAGAUGGCCCUCAAGGCGGGCCCCCACCAGGGCAGGGUCCUCCAGGGCCACAUCCGCCACCAGGGCCAUAUCCUGGACAGCAGCCGGCACCUUACAGGCCCCCUGGUCCCCCAGGGAUGACCGGAGGACCACCAGGGCCUGGGGGGGCUGGGUUCAGGAUGCCCUAUGGCCAGCCACCCCAUGCUCAGGGCCCUUACUCCCAGCCAUAUCCUCCACAGGCUCAGCAGUAUGGUCAAGGAGGCUAUCCACCAGGGUCAUCUGGACCUCAGGGUUACCCCGGUAGUUCCUCAACACCACCUGCUCCUGGUGCAAAGGGCUAUGGGACGCCCCCACCUCCUUCAUCAACACCUGGGUAUCCUCAGUAUCCGCAAGGACCACCUCCGCCAGGAUCACAAGCCCAAGGACCUCCAGUACCUAGCAGUCAGCCAGAAUUCAACCAAGGGUCACAGCCUUACUCGGGCACCACACCAGCAUUCACUUCGACACCAUCCUCCACAACCCCCACUUCCACACCCACGAGUUACUCGGGGCCGCCAUCACAGUACCCAGGUAGUGGUGGGCCCGGCUCUCAGCCUUUCCAGAUGCCUCCCUCGUCUGUCCCUCAGACGUCAGCCACGCCCACCCCGCCAGGACCUCCCGGACCCCCUGGACCUCCACAGUCUACUUCUGCUCCUCCAGCUACUUCAGCACCAGGAGCCCCGCCACCUGUUGUAACGUCAACAGCACCAUCAGGCCCCAUAAUGUAUCCUGGUCAGCCCCAACAACCCCCUCCAUCACAGCCACAACCACAGCCUCAGCCUCAGCAACAGCCACAACCUCAGCCACAGACACAGAGUCAGCCUCAGCCACAGCCUCAACCUCAGCAGCAACCUCAGCAGCAACCUCCCACACAGGCAUCUCCAGUGCCACAUCCCCCUCCACAACAAGCACAACCACAGCAGACGAGUUCUCCCAAUCCCCCCAUAUCGGUUGCACCUUCGUCUACCCCUACGCCACCUUCCUCUCAAAGCUACACUGGCACACCCCCACCUGUUUCAUCCCAGGCAGGUGGUCCUCCUUCUCAAGGCCCUCCACCCCCACCACCACAGCAGGCUCCUGGACCCUAUCCACCUAACUCACAGCAGUAUCCUACCAGUGGUGCUCAAGGGUAUCAUCAGGCCUACCCACCGAGUCAGUAUCCACCAGGAUCCCAAGGUGGAUACCCACCUCCAGGACAGUACCCCGGAGGACAGCCAUAUUCCCAGCCAUACGGAGCUUAUCCUCCACCGGGCAGCCACCCUGGAAGUCACCCAGGCAGUCACCCAGGCAGCCAUCCAGGAAGUCACCCAGGUUAUGGAGGUCCAAUGCCAAACGCUCAGCCUGGAUAUCAGCAUCCUUCAGGACCAGGGUAUGGCCAAGGAUAUCCUCCUCCUCCUGGCAGUCAGUACGCACAGUAUAGACCAUCUCCUGGGCAAGGACCACCCCAAGGACAGUUUCCAGGCUAUGAACAGAGCCGAUACCCAGCUUAUCAGCCACCUCCGCCUUCAGGGCCCCCAUCAGCUCCACACUGAUAUGUUAGCCAUCUCGGUGCUAAAUGUUAUACCAUAAACAGCACGUACCUGUCAGAUCUAUGUACAAUUUCUCAAGUAGGUGGGUAGGGCUCUUUUUAAGUAGCUAAUUACUCAAGACAAAUUUAUGAUAUGAAGGCAAAGAAUGAAUGAGAUGUUUCUUAGAUUAAUUAAAGACAGUUGAUGUUGGCUUUAGCAUUAGAAGGAUGAACAGAAUAAAAGGAGGUCUCUAAAAUUGACAGUUUCUUCAUGAAAUAGUAUAUGUAGUUAGUUUUUUAUUUUCAUUAAUAGCAUGGAUCUGAUUAUUUUCUAAACACCACAGUAGGAAGAGGAGUUGAAAAUGUAUCAAAAUUUCUCUAUCUUUUUUUAUUUUGUACUGGAAAAUUUGAACCAAAGUGGAGAGACUUGUUUUAAGAGAGAAUAAAUAAUUUCAACAAAUCUACUAAGCAUUCACUUUGUUCCUAAUUAAUUCUAUGAAUAAUGACUGGUAUUUUGAUGAUAAUAUCUAAGUAUAAGAAAAAUUUAAAAUAUUUAUUACAUUUAGUUACUAAAAUUUCAAGUACUAAGAUUAUACUACACAUUUUUUUCCUAUCGAGGUGAAGAUGCACUCGAGAGCUUGAUGAUGAUUGUUGGUAAUUGUCUGAAUAACACUUAAAUUUCAUGAAAUUGUGACCAACAGCCUGUCAAGCAGUCGGCAGUCUAUCUUUACUUUAAUGGAAAGAAAAGAGAAAUGAAUAUAGUCGUUCACUGUAAUUUGUGCAUUUUUAUUCCUAUUUAAAGGCAUUUUUAGCACAUGUAUUAUUUAUUCUAUAUCAUGUAGAAUUAUUUUUUCUUUUUAUAAUAAACUUUUCAUAUGAUUUGCAUUUUGUAGAAAGUAAUUUUAACAAACUUUCUUGGUCUUUUCAUAUUACUGUGGAAAGCCUGUGUGGAAAGUUCAUUAAAGCUCAAGGAAUAGGAAAAUAGUACUUUCAUUAUGAAGGAAAUUUUACAGAUUAGGUUUGCACUGUAUAUAUUGUUAAUUGAUAAACUUUGAUUAGUCACAUAAGAGACUAGAAUUAAUGAUUGGUCAUCGGUUAUGUGGAAAUAUGGGAUGUAAAAAAAGAAAUGGAAUGCCUGAGCUUUAAUAUUCUUUGAUCAUUUGGUGUUAGAAUAAUGAUUAAAAAAAAUACUCAUUUGCCAUACAGUAUUUAUUGGCAUUAAUAAUCAUGUCAGUAAAUUACAUUGGACUAAUUAUACAUAAACAAUAAUUGACAAAAUUCAUGUUAAAGCAGUAAACUGAUAGUAUAAUGUCUGUUGUAUGAUAAGUCAGCAUAAGAACUAUCCUGUUUCACAGUGAAACUUCUCAAAAAUACUUUGGUUACCUACAGCAUUUUCAAAGUUUCUGUAUAGCCUUCUUUUUAAAUGCAAAAGUCAAUAUUGUUUUCAGAUUUUGCUCAUUCUGCAUUGAGUGGCAACACAGAGAUGCAAGUUACCCUUUUCAGGUUUAUGAAACUGAAUUUACUUCUCAAAUCUUUAUCAUUGUCUUUUAUAUUCGUGCCUACUUCUAGGUGAAUAUCCAAUUGUAUACGAUAAUCAACUUGCUAUUGAUAGUGCUUCAAAUUGAUUGUAUGACUGGUAGAAAUGCAGUUGUAUAUGACUGUCCAUCUGUUGAAGUAAAAGCAUUAUGGAUUCAUACUUUUACUAAGAGAAUGGCUUUGAGAAUAUUUAUCAUCAAAACAGCCACUCUUAUUUUUUUAUUUUUGUUGUUGACAUAUCUACCCAUGAGAAUUUACUGCCUGAAAAGGUGCAGUGGCUGUAAUCCUGUACAUAGGUUUUAAUAUUUUUAUAUCAUUUAGCAAAUUUUUAGAAUGUCGUGCUGUGCAUUCGAUAUUAUGGUUCUUCAAAUUAUUCUUUUGGAGGAUGUAAUUGCCUCGAGUAUUAUGACCUUCCCACAUUCUUUUGUUCCUUUUUUUGUAAGGAAAGUUUGCAUUUGAUUUCCUUUCUUUAGGUUCUUCAGCUUGAUACAAUAUUUACAAGUAAUCAGCAGGACAAACUUUGUAUUAGUCAAUAAUAAUGUAUAUGUGCAGUUUUAUUGCACUAUUUCCUAAGUACAUGUUUGCAAAUGAAGUGACUUGUGGUAAAUAAAGUAUUAAAAUAAAGUUAAAGAAUA